AGUUGGUUGCAGCUGUCAAAGAACAUUUUUCCAUCCCCACAGAUAUAAGUCUUCAAUACAAAGAUGAGGAAUUUGAUGACUUCUUCACCCUAACAUCUACCAAUGAGCUGAAAGAUAAGUGCACACUUAAAGUUGUGUAUGCACCGCUGGAGUUGACGCUGACAGUUGUUCCCCAGGAAAGCACCCCAGAUGCCUCUGUCAGCUCUCUCUGUGAGUGUACGAGUCUCAGUGGAUACCGUCAUUCCGAGUCCAUCCCCCUCUGAAAGGCAGAGCCCAUGGCCUGCCUUGUUUCCAAUUCCAACCUUCUCACACAACACUGAACUGGCCUUAAGACAAGGAAAUGAGAUUUAUUUAAGAGAUGGCACCCCUAUGACAUCACCAAGUAUCAAAUCAGAAAUCCUGGAGCGCCUGGCAGAGGCCAUGUUUUUCUACACAGCUUACCCCAAUGAUGCCCAGAGAUGUGCAGUGGCAGAGGCACUAGUUGCAAAGCAUCCCUGCUUAAAGGAGCCCAGAUCUUUUAAUGGAAUUUAUGGGUGGCAGGUAAGCCUAAAGUAUAAGUGUGGAAACUACCGGACAAAACGGAAAGCACUUGGAAGCACUGAACUCCUGAUAAACUCACUGAGAAACAAGUCAAGUGAUGAGCGAAAAGCCGCUAAAAAUGUCAAGAAACCAAAGAGGGCAGAGGUGAAUUACUUGCCCUCACACCCACAUGGUGAAACAGAUGACACCCUUGAGAAUCUGAGACUUGACCUAAUUGCUGCCCAUCAGACAAAGGACUCUGUCAGGAGCACAAAUGAUAUGAUGGCCAGAACAUACAGCUGGAGAAGACAGGAAGUUAUUACCAAGUCUCCUGGUGUGGCAGAAUUCAAGGAAAGAUGGCCUGCCCUCUUCGAACCAUUCCAGGUAAACGAGGAGUUCCGAAGAUGUACUGCAGUUUCCCUGGAAGCGACGUUUAUGUCACAGCUGGACAAAUACACCCCAAAGCUCCUAGAACUCUUUAGUGCCAAGGGAGGAGCAACUGGUCAACGCAUCAAAAACUUGUUGAUGGAUCUGAUACAGGACCCAAGUGCCACUACAGUGAAGAAGAGAGAUGUCACUCUGAGAUGCCUCUUUGAGCAUAUGGGAGAGAGUGGACAGGAGCUUAUCUCGGAUUACUGUGCAAGUAUUGUCUCAAAGCAGGUUUGG